CAAUACAAAUUAUAUAACUUAUAAAAAAACCUCCAGCAACCCAAAAUAACACCGAUUAUCAUGAGAUCAUUGCUCGGAAGCAGCCUGAGCUUCAUUUGGCUUUUCAUGGCCAUCUCAUUGGUUCAGGCUCAGACAUACAACAAGACUGUUUUCGACACCGACGGAGAGCCACUCGAAGCCGGUGUCCAAUAUUACAUCCGCCCUGCCAUCACGGAUUCCGGCGGUCCUUUCAGUAACAUCUUGAUAAAUAAUACCUGCCCUUAUUACGUUGGCCAAGAAAACUCCGACGCAUCAGAAGGCACGCCUGUGACCUUCACUCCUUUCGCCGAGGGAGAGACUCUGAUAAGAGAGAGCAGGGAUUUCAAGAUUGAAUUCCAAGCUAUCACAUUCUGCAUUCAAUCACUUGCAUGGAAGGUUGGUGAGACAGACGCGACCACCGGACGGAGGCUUAUCGUCACCGGAGAAGAUGACUCGACUUACUCCCUUUUGAAUUACUUCCAUAUUAUUGGAACAGAGAUAGAUAACGUGUAUACUUUGAACUGGUGUCCUGCAGAGCCGUGUCCUAUUAAUUGCGGAAGGCCGAGGUGUGGGGAAGCUGGUCCCUUGAUUGAGGAUGGGAAUAGGCUUGUGGCAUUGGAUGGGACUGUGCUUCCUGUUCAGUUUCAAAGAGUUGAUAUAUAAUUAAUAAUACUUGCUUUUCCUCCAUGUUGAUUGUAGUAGCUAAAUAAAUAUGGAGGUUCAAGCUAUAUAUGCAGAUAAGAUUAAAUAAACAAUGUAUCUGGUCUGUUACAAGCAGAAUUUAUGAUAUGAGGUAUUAUAUAUCUAAAAGGAAUAUUGUGGUUUUAGAGAAUUA